AUGGCGAAACCAAAAUCGGCACCCAUAGCAGAUGCUGCGACCAGCUUGAUGCUGCGAAGCGGCAACAUUCGGAGGUUGUUCAGAAAGAAAUCAACAUUUGAAGAAAAAAUUGCAAUCGAAAAAGAAGAAAAAAAUUUCCAAUCUUUGCAAGGACGCCCACAAAACUUGGACGUGCUCCAGCCACCAGUAGAAACAACUUCUCCUGAACCUAAUAAUGUCACCUUGAUACCCUUGCGAUUUACUUUGCGUGACUUUGAAGAUCUUCAUAGUUUAUCUUUACCUGUGAAACGAGUACGAUCUUUGCUAGUUCGUGAUAUUUACGUGCGCUGGAAAGAACUAUUAGGCAAAAGAAUCCCCGGAUGGAACAUUGAGGAGAUUAUUGAUGGAAAUAAAAGCGUACCUCCAGGAACAGUAAAGUUAGCAUCGAAACUCCCAGAUAUUCUUAAAGGAUUCAUCAAACCGUCGAUUUUCCCCAAAAUUAGAACCGUGAUGCUGCGCGAUUAUAAAACCCCAUUUUGGAACCUAUUUCAGCGUGCAAUUUCAAACGGCUACAUUUACUCUCAAAAAACACUAAUUCAUUAUGAUGUGUUGAAACAUAAGCAAGCAGGUGAAAAAUUUCUGCCAAAUCAUUCUACCAAUCUCCCGUAUCCAGGCCCGUUCUCCCUUCCAAUCCAAAUUGUUCACCCGUUAGAUCCUAACACGGUGCUAUACUCACCGUUGGCGUAUAUUUCCCGACUCGAGUUUCUGUCUGGACUUUCGGGGUUUGGCAUCCCACCAGGCCAUUCACUUUAUGACAAGUUGGAUGGACUCAAAGUUUUGCAUCCACUGGAACCCACGGGGAAGCCGCGCUUUUCGCCCCCACACUUUACUAAACGGUUACUGCCUUUGAUUAAGUUGAGUGAGAGUGACAGCUCCUACAUUAAGCCGAUUUUUGCUGGAAAUAAUUUAAAAGACUACCAUCUUGCUUUGGAACAUAAGCUCCCUGUACGCAAGUCAAUUGAUAUCCAUGGCCAAGUGAAUUUUCUCGAUUUUUUGGAUAUUAUAGGUCCACUGAGAGAAAGUGAGUUUAAGGGACCCAAUGGAGCAUGCAAACAAUUUUUCGACUUAGAGGUUGAUGGGAAACUGGAGAGUAUUGUUGUGUUUGAAGGCCGCAAGAAUAUCCCUAUCCCCCAUGCCAAUGCUGCCAUUUACAAUCAUCUUCAAAACCGCCUUAUCCAGUGCAAUGACGAUAAUAUACCUAAGGACUCACGAGUGAUUCCUGGUCGUGUCGAACCUAUCGUCAACAACCAAUGGUAUAUUAGUACUCAGAAAGUGCGCAAGGCCGGACUUGAAGAAUAUUUCCGCCAAAACUCUGAGAUAGCCAAGUCAAAUGUGGGCACUUUGUUGACCCGUAAAAUGAUAAAAGAUCAACUGGAUUUCCCGUUGACUACUGUGGCCAAACGGGGCCGGUUUGCUUGGGCGUUUGGACUUGAUAGUAUAGAACAAAAACACAAUUCGGAUCAAAGGUAUUUCCCCUUGACUGAGCGCGUGGACGGGUUUGUGAACAUGCCUGACUGGGCUGCCCGUGUCGUGUAUGGGUGUCUUGACUGGUAUUCGCAAGUAGUUAGUCCCAAUGAAACUUUUUCACAACUGCCAAUAUCUGUUGACUACGAGGUUCUAAAGACUGUUUUUUUGAUUGGAGCCCUAACUUUGCCUGAUUUGAAGAGCGGGGGGAACAAAAAGCUGUUGCUGGAUGAAUACAAACCUGAGAAAAAUCCAUUGAAGAUUAACGAUACUGAGCAUAUGCGACAACUGUUAGACUCUAUAGUCGUUGGACAGGAAAUCACAACGGUCACAGGGUUUGAUUUGGGGAACCGAUGGACACUCAAUGAAAUGAAGCGGUUACGUGAAGGUGGUUCUGUAACUAAGCUUGCACAUGAAUCAGUUCCUGAAUCAGUUCCCGAAUCAAUUACCGAAUCAGUUCCCGAAUCAGAUGAAGUUGAUUUGAAUCGACCACGAUUCACGCGCAAGAUUUACGAGAUCCAGCGAGGAGUGCUUUUAGAUUCUUUGGAUGCGAAGGCGGUUGCCAAAAAAGAGGCCAAGACUGUAAGUGAAAGGGAUUUUGAUGAUUUGCAAACUUUAUUGUCAUGUUUUUUCCAACUUGCCGACUGCAACUACUGUUCAACGUAUGAUAAGCCUGUUAGUGCUAUGGAUCAGAUUGACGAGGAGAUGUUUAUCAAAUACUCGAGGCCAUACGAGCGCUACACUCUUUACUCUCUGAGGGAGCUAGAGAGCGAUGUGUGGCGAUACAUGUCGCAGCACAAAGUGUAUGAAGCGAAGCAGGCUGUUGAUUCUGCGAUUUUGUUGGCAUCUGGACAGUUCAUGAGCGCCAUGUUGUGUGAGCUGAUGGAUCAAAAGACCAUGCCUGUGGAGCGGUUGAUGGUGAUAAGGACUGUGUAUGAGACAGUGGUGCGGCUGGUCACACGGCUGGCGUACCCGUUUUACCCCACGACAAGUGAGAAUGUGUUUUACUCACUGGAGAGUAGUUUUGAUGCAGCACAAAGAGCGCAAGAACGACGCAAACUUAUGACUGGGUAUACGGGCGUGGGGAGCGUGGAGAGCUUAAUACCUGAAGUUGAACUGACACGCGAACAGGAUUACGAGCCAGGGAAAAUGAUGUUUGAUAUAGUGGACACCCUGGAGGGCGUCAUUGCGCGGCACCCUGAUGUUCCACGAGAAGAGAUCCGGGCGUACCUGACAGUACGGGACUUUAAUGAGCUGAGCGCGAAGUUUGGGUAUGAGGCGCGGGAAGAUGUGAAUGACCGGUUGAUGCUACUUGUUAAGCGGAUCUGUCGGGUUGCACGGGUAUCGAUCCCUGUAGGGGCAGCCGUUUACAAUACUGGUCGGCUGGAAAGUGUGCACAUGGGGAGCGGGUUGAAUUUACAUGUGUUUGAUCGGCGCCGAUGGACGACUUCGGAAGAGUAUGGUGCGCGGAAACUUGAGGAGAAGAAGCAGUAUGCUGAGCAAAAGGGUGUUUUAAGGAUUUUGGAGAAACAGCAGCAAACUCAACAGUAG